UUGUCAAAACUUCGUGCAUGUUGUGAAUUGCGGCAAUACGCAUAGUUUGAGGUUAUAAAUAAUAACUUUGGUAAUUGUUAAUUAAAACAUGUCGUUCCGCGGUAGAGGAGGCGGCGGUGGAGGACGUGGUGGAUUUGGAGGCCGUGGUGGAUAUGGCGGCGGAGGAGGACGAGGCGGUGGCGGAGGGCGCGGUGGCCGUGGUGGAUUUGGCGGAGGCCGCGGUCGAGGGGGUGGUGGUGGCGGAGGUCGUUACCAAGAUGCUGGACCGCCCGAGGCUGUUAUUCCGCUCGGACAUUAUGGUUGGACCGUUCAAGACGAUCUAGUCUGCAAAGUAGACAUUGAAGACGUGCCGUAUUUCAACGCGCCUAUAUUCCUCGAAAACAAAGAACAAAUCGGCAAAAUUGACGAGAUAUUUGGCAAUCUACGAGAUUACUUUGUGUCAGUCAAAUUAGGAGAAAAUGUCAAAGCCAAGAGUUUCAAGGAAGGGCAGCAAUUUUUCAUUGAUCCCGCGAAGUUGCUACCUUUGAAAAGAUUUUUGCCACAACCGCCUGGGGCAAAGAGAGGCGCGGGAGGUGGUAGAGGAGGCCGAGGCGGUCGUGGUGGCAGAGGUGGAGGUGGAUUUGGCGGCGGCGGCGGCGGCGGUGGAUUUGGCAGAGGAGGCGGUGGUCGUGGAGGAGGCGGUGGCUUCGGUAGAGGUGGCGGUGGAGGCUUCGGUAGAGGCGGCGGCGGUGGUUUCGGAAGAGGCGGCGGAGGCAGGGGUGGUGGAUUCAGAGGAGGCAGAAGAUAGCCCAUGGAUCUGCAGCAGACCUACAGUGUCCAAAAUUCUGUGUAUGGAUAUUUGCCAGGUGUCUGGUAUUUUUAAGAAGAAAACUUGAAAGUGUGCGUGAAAAGAAGUUGGAUUCCAGAUUUAAUACAUUUUAUUACAUUUAUACAUUAAAUAUAUAAUAAUA